GUUUUAUUAUGUGGGCAGUUUGUGUUUAAAAUGUCUGACAUCAUUUAUGCGUGAAGUUUGCCGGCGGUAUAGCCUGUUAUUAAGCUUCAUUUCACGAAGAACAAAAAGUACUUUAUGACGUUUCAGUUUUUAAGGUCAUACGCAGUGAAUGAGGGUUUUGUGAAGGGCUUUAGUGGGCGCCUUCUGCUCAAGUAUUUAUCCGGCACUUAGUGGCCGCUGGACUGGACGUCACUGUUUCUCAUUUUAUCUCUUUAUCCAGAUACGCAAAGUGGUCACCACCCACACCAGUCGUCGGCUGCAGAUACACAGCGUUCAGAGACAUUUAAUCAGUCUAACGAGAAACCGCUUCAUUUUAUACAGUUUUCGGUUUUCUAAAGUUACUGUCAUUUUUCUACGCCACCGCCACUGUACUUUGCCAGAAUCUGCAACAGAAGAGCAUUGUUAGCGAUCGGUUGAAAUCCAAGUGCUCUCUCCGCGACGUGCCCGACACGUGAGUGUAGUGAAGGAGCGAAAAGCGGACGAAUUCUCGUGGCCUUCCAGUAUGGGUUGCACCUGCUGCCCACUCGAUUUUUGCGAGUACGAGACCAACAAACUGGUGCUCAUCCGUAGUCGACCACUGGGAUCGCUGAAGUGGUUUUUGACCUGCUUCAUCCUGAUUGGCAUCGGUGUCAUGCUAUUCUGGAAUAAGGAAUACCAGGAACAAGAUGAGGUCAUCAGCUCAGUGGUCACGAAAGUGAAGGGUGUAGCUCUGGCCAAUAACUCGGAACUUGGGGAAAUUGUAUGGGACGUAGCUGAUCACAGUGGGCAGUUGCAUGGCAAAGAGUCCUUUCUAGUUGUGACAAACGCUAUAAUAACAAAGAAUCAGAGACAAGACUACUGCAUUGAGGAUAUAACAAAAAACGGAAAAAGAUGCGAAUCAAACAAAGACUGCAUAAAAGGAGAGAAUGAUCAGCACAGUUAUGGGAUUCAAACAGGUGAUUGUGUGGAAAAUACUCCAAAGAUUAAAAUAUGCAGGGUGCUUGCUUGGUGUCCAACAGAGGGAAACAAAUUGCCACCGAAGCCUGCUCUUUUUGCCUCAGCAGAAAAUUUCACUGUCUUAAUAAAAAAUAGUAUUGCAUUCCCAAAUUUCAAUUAUACAAGGAGAAACAUUUUACCAGAGAUGAACGCCAGCUCCCUGAAGAACUGUAGAUACAACAAGAAGACUGACCCACUGUGCCCUGUGUUUCGUUUGGGAGAUAUUGUCAAAGAAGCUGGAGAAAAUUUCACUCAGAUGGCCAUUGAGGGUGGUAUUAUCGGGAUACAAAUUGAAUGGGACUGCAACUUGGAUAUACUGUUAUACAAAUGUAUCCCUCAAUAUCAAUUUCGAAGACUUGAUGAAAGGGUCGAUAAUAAAACUGUAAUGCCUGGCUUGAAUUUUCGGUUUGCAAGAUAUUAUAAAGUGAAUGGUGUAGAGGAACGUACCCUCAUCAAGGCAUAUGCCAUCAAAUUUGAUGUCAUGGUGUAUGGAAAAGCAGGAAAAUUCAAUUUAAUUAAUCUUAUUUUAUACAUUGGGUCCACCUUAUCUUAUUUUGGAAUGGCUACAGUACUGAUUGACUUUCUUAUCACAACUAAGUUUCCCAAAAAGUGCUGCAUGAAAAUUCCAAAAAACAUCUACAAACAGAAGAAGUAUGAAUAUUUAGAUGAUUUGAUACAGGAUGCACUCUAUGUCUCUUUUGUAGAUGAGAGUCAUAUUGCAGUGAUAAAAGGAUCAGUGGAAAACAGCUUGCAGGAAGUGAAAGCUGCAUCUGUACAGGCAAGACAGCACCGUGAAAGCAGCAGAAAGCAGCUGUCAAUGUCAUUGAAAGACCAAGAUGUGGAAAUGCAAGAAGUGUCACAUUUAAUAGAGAAGAAAGACAUUCCAUCAUGGUGCCACUGUGGACACUGCUGCUCUGCGCCAACUAACCAUGAGCAGCUCUGCUGUCGCCGAAGUAAUGGGCAAUGCAUAACUACAUCAGAAUUGUUCAGUAGGCUUGUCCUGGACAGGCGGACCUUGGAGCUGGCCCUGCUGUAUGAGGACCCUCUUUUGGAUUUAUGCAAUGAAAAUAUUAUCUGUAAACUGCGACACUGUGCCUAUAGGCAGUACAUAGAGUGGCGCUUUGGAAGCAUUUCUCCUGGAGGUACAGCUGUAGUGCCGCGGUGCUGUGUGAAUAAAGUCAGACACAAAUUCCCCAGUGCUAGUGGUCACUAUAAGGGCCUGUGCCUUGAAAAGAAAGGUAAACAAAAUUAAACAAAUCUGAAAAGUACAUUGCCUUACGGUAAUGUUUAGGUAUGCUGGAUACAUACACAUUGUGCUUAGAAGAACUGACAUGUACAUUUAUUGCAAGAUGUUAACGUCUGCCAGCCAUACUUAAGUGAUCAUGGUUACAUAGACAUGAGAAAGCUUUCGACCUACAAAAAACCUGCAAACAAAAUAGAAAUGCAAUCUAAGAACAACUUUUAUUGAUUUUUUUUUUUCAAAUACUGGACAUUGAGAAGGGACAAGAAUUUUAAACGUAAUUAUAAUAUUUUGAGAGGUUAUUGAAAAUCUGAAUUUGACAAUUAGGAUUUGAACAUGGAGAAAUAAGUGUUUAUGUUUCUGUUAAUUUUCCUACAGUUUUAUUUUUUAUAUAGAUUUAUACAAUA